CCUCCUUCCGCCACAGGCAGUCUACGUAACCUCUACGCCUUCUGGAAAACACGGAGUCAAGAGGCAGGGGCGAUGCCAGCCCCCUGACCAUGUUCCAGAUUUCCGAAUUUCAAGAUGAAACUUUCUCCACGAGUGACAAGGACCCCACGGAUCCCAAGCUGAGCGUCUGGGGGCCCAAGGAUCUGAACAGCCCCUCGCAUGAGAACCCAGAACUGAGACGCCGCAUUGGGUCGGACCAACUCGAUUCGGAGACCUCCGAUGAGGUGGGGGCUUUCCGGGCCCGCUCACGCUCUGCCCCUCCCAUUUUGUGGGCCGCGCAACGAUACGGCCGAGAAUUACGCAGGAUGAGCGAUGAAUUUCACGGCGCCCUUCAGAAGCUGCCGCGCCCGAAAAGCGCCGGGACCUGCUCCCACAUGGACCGUCCUCCUCCCAGCUGGAAGGACACCCUGCGGUCGUGGUGGCGCCGAAGUUGCCCGGAGAAUGGACCUUCCGGUUCUUAACCGGGUUUUGCUGCUACCAGUUACGGGGGUGGGUGGGAGGGAGGCACUUGGUGGGAUUUCGACCGUAUGCUUUUUCCUCCAUGGUGUAUCCUCCAAAUUAUUCCGGGUGCCAAGUUUGUUCCCCAACACUUUCCAUUCUUUACGCCACCUACAAGAAGUUUACUCCGGAUCUGACAUCAUGGCACUGUCCAGAUUUUCACCCUCUGCUCCUUCAACCCUAAAUUAAAUUCAGGGGUGUGUUUUCCCCUUCCCCAGUAUCCAACACCCUUAAUUUUCCAGGGUCCCCCGUCCUCUCCUGAAAAAUCAAGGCAAAUACCCUUUUUUGAACAAAGCAAAAA